AUGGCCGGCAAGGCCUCUCGGCAACUCGGCAACGCAUCAUUCGCGCUGAGAGCAGAGAGUGACCCGGAUAGCUUCUCUCUUCGGGGAGUGUGCGCAGCAACCAUGGCGGCCGACCGGUUCAACAUGAACCGUAGUUGGGAUCAUAUCCAAAACAAAUACGUCGGAACCGGCCACUCGGACACCACCAAAUUUGAAUGGGCAACAAACCAGCACCGAGACUCUAUCGCAUCACACAUUGGACACAGCGACUUGCUGAUGUACUUUGCCGUGGCGGAGAACAAUGCCGUGGGCCGUGUGCGGUACCAGCUGCUCGAGAAAAUGCUGCAACCGUGCGGGCCACCACCAGCAAAAGACGACGACGAUAUAUGACACUGCUUUUGGAAGCGCCGACGUCUUGUCGGUUCUUCGUCGAUUUACAUUUUUGCGUGUUUGAGCGCCACUCUUCGUGUGUAGACAUGUAGACCAACGUUGUGUUGGUGGCGUUAUUAUUGGCAAAACAUAUAGCGUACAACGGUGGAUGUAUUUGUGGCCAUGUGGCGAAGAGAUAAUGAAACGAAAUGCCGUAUGCAUACGAUCCGCGGCUGUUGCUUGCCGAGUAUGUGUCUUGAGGUUCUUGGGUGGCAUCUGUUUGCGUGCAUCUAGACCCUAUGCUAUCGCUUCAUGUGGUGCUUGACCUCAGCCCGGACAUGACCCCCCGUCUCGUCA